AUUAUAUUUAUGUACGGGGCAUUCAUGUGAACUCAACCCGAUUUUGAACCUGACUUGUUUUGAUAUUUUCCUAAUUUGUUUUACUCCAUCAUUGACCAUAUAUUAAAUCAAUUUCAGAGAUUUUUUAUUUAAUCUGAAAAAACAGAUGAAAUAAAAGCAAUAAUGCCUUCAAAUACUUUCAAAAAAUGAUAUACCUAUUGAUAAUCGUAAUCAAAUCCAGAAUUUUUAUAUUUAAAUCUCUACACAAAAAUAUAAUCCACGAAAAAAGUGUUCUUCCCUGUAAGGGAUGAAAUAACAAUAUGUUACAGGUUUUAAAAACAAAUAUUCUCUCUCACAAUCAGUUUAUUAACCAUAUAACUUGUCUUAGCAUGGUGAAAAAGACCACCACAUAAUUAGCAUUGUGUACGAACUCUAAUUGUGAGCAAAUGCUCAAGGUCAAAUUUCCAGACUUGUCUCUGCAGAUUCGAUGAGAUUCUACAGUGCUUCAUAAAACUGAGAUGAGAAUCUUAACUUACUUCAUACAAUAUUGUAGAAUUGUGAACAAAGAAAAUAAAAUGAAAAUAACCGAGUCAUUCGCAUAAUUAUACCGAUAGAAGGGUGUUAAUCGUUAUGGGUAAUUCAUAAUCCCCAUAUACAAGUAUAUAACAUAAUCAUUCCGCCUGUUUUUAGUAAAAUCUUGAAGUCUUGCUUAACAGUAAUUUUAUGUAUUUACAAGUAUCAUCGUUUUAUCGCUUAAUUUUAUUACAAUAGCUGCUGUAAUGUAGACUUUUGUAUUCAGUAUAAUUGAUUGCCCGCGGCUAACCGUGACCCUACAUAGAAUCUGUCGUGUUCAAGGUCCUCUCUAUUCUACGAUCGAGUACUUGCGAAUUUAAUAAUGAUAACAGUAAGAAUAAUAUUUACAAAAAAAAAUAACAAUGAUAAUAAUACGUUCAAUAAUUACAAUGAUAAUAGUAUUUAUAAUGAUCGAAUCAGCAUCGGCAAUCACGAAUAUGUAUGUCCAUGAGUACAACUAUGCAUGUAUGUAUGUAUCAGGCGCUAUCGAUUAAGAUGUGAUUGGUACGUGGAGUGGAAUCCUUAACUUAUUUCCCGCUAUAUUUAAAUCUUGAAUAAAAUUGAUCAGAGAGUGAUGAAUUGAAUUCAGUCAUUUCCGACACACGAUAGAUAAGCUGGAACUGGACUUUCAAUAGGAAGAAGACCGACGGUCUUCGCUAGCACACCAUUCAACGAAAUCGAUUUCGACAAUAGUAAACAGAAAAAUGGGCGACGAAGGAUGUCACAUCUCCAUGGGACAGGUGUCGAGGGAUUUCUCGAGAGUAUGGAAAUCCCGCCAUCCUCUCUAGGGCACUGUCUGUUUGAAAUGUUCGGAAGAUAUCACGACAGAGUUGUCGAGGUGAACGCUGCGACUGGCGAAGUCUUGAAGUACAAGGACAUUUUGGCCGAGGCCCUCGCCCUCGCUGCCGGACUACGAUCCCUCGGGGUCACCCCUGGGAAACUCAUCGGAUUGUUAGCCGCUCCUAACGACGCCAAGGUGAACACGAUCCUCGUAGCAUCGCUCAUCCUUGGCGCAGUCUUACACCCCAUUGAUUAUCGCCAAAAAACUGCUGGCAGUAAACUGGCGGCCUUACUGCAGGAUAAACAGCCACGAAUAGUAUUUUGCGCCGAAGAACAGGUGGGCGAUGUUGCCACACUGAAAACCGAUAAAACUUUGAUUAUUUCGACGAAUGGAAAGGUAAAACCUCUGGAGGGAAGUCACCCUACCGAAGGCACAUGUUAUUUUGAUAGUAUCCUCAAUAGCGAGGAGGGUAUCGUGGACCUCACCGAUCUAGGACCUCGGGAUGUUCUAGUCGUUCUUCAAGGAGACACUAAAAACGAGGAUGUCGUCCUCACCAACGAAGAAAUUCUCAAGUGUUCGACCCGAAGAAAACACCUCAGUGGAUUCGGUACAGGUCAGGUCAUGGAUUAUGAGGACUGGUCCAGCGGUUCCUGGAUCAUUCGAAGGAUAUUCAUUUUUCGAUGCGGUGGUGGGACUCUCACCGCGCUACCCCCGUUCGAUUCAGAGCAAACUUUAGCCCUGGUUCAGAAGCAUCGGAUAUCUUGGGUAGUGCUAGAAUCGUACCAAAUGUCCGAACUUUACAACUGUCAGGCAAUUGUCGGCUACGAUUUGAGCAGUUUACAGAUUAUCAGCGCACCGUCAAACAACUCUGCACUUCAUCCUGGUGAUACAGCGAAGCACGAUUCUCUUCGAGAGCGUCUUCCAGCAACGCGCGUCGUCAUUACCGGAAAAACCAUCGCGGACGCAAUUCCUACGUGAUAAUUGGAGAGGACCCCGAAAAUGGGUUCGACCUUCACUGUAUUAUUUACCAUCGACAAAAUAUAAAAAAUAUUUCAUAACUAACUAAAAACCGACUGAUCAUCAAACGCCAGCCAGAUCUUGAAAAUUAUACACACAUAAUAUUCGUCGCACUGCAUACCCUGUGAAUGUUGUAUUCGUCAAAUAAAAUAUUCAAUGUACUAAUAACACCAAUUAGUACGUUAGAAAAUAUAAA